UGUAACGUCAAAUUUGUUGUGACUUGUGAUUGUGAUACUAUUCUUAAUUUCGAAAUAAAUAAUUUUCUAUCGUGUAAGAAUAUUGUAAAGAAAUCAAAAUGAAUAGAUUAUUUGGAAGAGGAAAACCAAAAACUCCAGGCCCAAGUAUUAAUGAUUGUAUUAGCAAUGUCGAUAGUCGAGCUGAUAAUAUAGAGCAAAAAGUUCAAAAAUUGGAUACUGAGUUAAGAAAGUAUAAGGAGCAGAUGGCUAAAAUGAGAGAAGGACCUGCCAAAAACUCUGUAAAACAAAAGGCUAUGAGAGUAUUGAAACAGAAAAAAAUGUAUGAGCAGCAACUUGAAAAUUUGCGAGCUCAAUCUUUUAACAUGGAACAGGCAAAUUAUGCUACACAGACUUUGAAAGACACACACACCACAAUAGCUGCUAUGAAAGAUGGGGUAUCAUCUAUGAAGAAAGAGUUUAAGAAAAUUAAUAUUGAUGAAAUUGAGGAUGUUAAUGAUGACCUAGCUGAUAUGCUCGAGCAAGCAGAUGAGGUACAAGAAGCUCUCGGGCGUCAAUAUGGCAUGCCUGAAAUUGAUGAUGAUGAAUUAGCAGCUGAACUUGAUGCUUUGGGUGACGAAAUAGCACUGGACGACGAUACAUCCUAUUUAGAUGACGUCGUGAAAGCCCCGGCGGCUCCCGACAAGGAGCCCGGCGCGGACAGCUUAAGAAACAAAGAUGGCGUUCCCGUCGACGAAUUUGGUUUGCCCCAAGUACCAAAUGCCGCUCAAACCUCACGCUGAUAGUUGUUGUUAACAAUAUGCGUCGCCAUUUUUUUUAACGGUGAUAUGUAAGCUUUAUUGCAGCGAAUUUUAUUUUGUAGUAACACUUAAUUUUUUUUUUUUAACUAGGAGAAUAUGAAAACCUUUUAAUUCGGUUAUAAAUAUGGCUUCAGCUUGAUUAUUUUACUCGGUUUAUGUUUUUGUAAAGUGUAUAGAAGUUUAAAAAAUUUACUGUUAGAUAAAAUAAAGGGUCGAUUUUUCAUACUUAGAUGCAUAUAACCAGAAAGCACCAGUUGUUAAUAUAUAAAAUUCACUAUGGCCUUAUAUUGCGACAAUUUAAUAAUUAAUUAUGGAAUAUUUUGCUAUAGGCACUAGAAGGAUCGCAAAUAUAUAUAUUUUUUGCGAUGUCUUUGUCUAUAGGCUGUAAUGUUACUUACCAUAGUCAAACCAAUUAAAAACCUUCCAUUAUAUUUUAAAAAAUCCAAAUAAUCGAAAAAGGAACGAAUAAAGAUAGUAUUUAAAAACUAUAAUGUUAUAUAAGAUUUACUGUAAAGGUCUGUUCAAAUUUCAGUUAUAUUAAUUAAUACUACUACUCUACUUUUAUAAUACCGACUACCGAGUAAGCCGCUACUAUAAACUAAGGCUAUUAUCAUGCCACAAUUAAAAUAUGACAUUAAAAUUAUUGUUAAGGUACCACAAUAUUUGUAAAUAUCAGUAAUAAUUAUUAAUAAUAGCAAAAUUUAAUUGAUAUAAAGAGAUUGAUCGUGAUCUCAUUGGUAUUGUAGAUCUGUUGUUGGCUGUAGUUUAGUUGGUAUUGGAUUAUAUAUUAACCAGUAUCACAGACGUCGCGUAUCAAUUCACAAUAUUCCUUUUAAGGUGUAUAUCUUAUAAAUUUAUGCAGUCACGAAGUCGCCCUUCCACUUUCACAUUGUCGGCGUUAAUAUGAGUGACACUCGUACUGAUGCUCCACUGCAACAGGUUUCAAGGUGUUAUGUUUUCCCAAUGGUAACUUUAUUUUAGUCUAAACAUUACCCUUGUUAGUAUGCAGUCCCAUGUAGACAAUCUUUUCUUUUUUUUAUUGAUUAGUUAGGGCGAAGUUAGCAUAUGGGCCACUUAAUGGUAAGUGGUCACCAACGCUUAUAGACAUAAGCAUUGUAAGAAAUGUUAACCAUCGAUCACAUCGCCAAUCCGCCACCAACCUUGGGAACUAAGAUGUUAUGUCCCUUGUGCCUGUAAUUACAGUGGCACACUUACCUACCCUUCAAACCGGAACACAACAAUACCAAUUAUUGCUGUUUUGCGGUGCUUGCACAAAGCCCUAACACCAGUGAACCUCUACCUCGGAGCUGUCGGUUAAUAUAUCAAAGUAUUACUUUUUUUUAGACGGGAUUUCACACCGAUUAAUUUAUUAGUGGCAAGACCAAAAUAAAUUGAAAUUUGCUGUCCGUAUUAAACCUAAUGGGCCCCGACGAUUCCAUUGCUAUAGAAUGUCUAUAAUGUCUUUAUCUGGCCCUGAUAAUAUGAAUGUAACUCUUAAUUGAAUAGACCACAAAUACUUACCAUUUAGAAUAAACAAUUUAAUUAAAAUUAACUCAUAUUUUAUGUAAAAUAACACUUGUUUUUCUUACCGUAAAGUGUAGCGCGAACGUCACGUAUUAAUUGGUUUGUUCAAAUAAUGUUCGAUAUCGCUUGCAUAUUGAAUUAUUAUUUUAAUUAAUUAAUAAUAAUAUAAACAAAAAAUUAGAUUAUUAUCCUUGUAUUUAUCAAACGAUGGUUGUAAAAUCGAGAAGAAUUACAUAAUUGAAAUGUUUAUAAUAGAUUCCAAAAUAAUAUAAGAAAUUGAGCAUCAAUUGCAAACCAAUAGCGAACAUGUGACGUAGAAUAUAGACAAUGUAGACUUUACGGUAAAAACUUUUUUUUCGUCGAAAUUUGGAACUACAUAUUCUCGUUAUUAUUAAUAUAUUUUAUUAAGUAAUAAUUUUGGUAAGCUGAUUCUAAUAUUGUUAUUAAUUAAAAAUUAUUACGUUUAUUUAAGUAUCGUUGCUUUAACUAUCAUGCUAUGUAAAUGUAAUCUAUUCAUUAUUUGUAAUAAAAUUAGUUACAAAAAAAUCGUCUAUAUUUAUUUUUACGGACUGACCUACAGAUCCGUUCCGGAUUCGUAAGGGUCUGUAUA